GAAAAUUUAAACUGAAAAUUCAGUCACCUUCUGAUCAAAUUGUACGAGAAAUUCAUAAGAAAAUGAAUUACGAUAGAUAUUCAUUAAAUUCGGACUCAUGCCCAUUGAUUGGGAUAAGAGAAACCAUUUCUGGAGAAAGGCUUUACGUUUUAGCUAAGAUUAAUGGAGAUAGGUAAAUUAUUUUACCGACUAAAACAAUGCAUACAAUUGCGAGCUCCUUUGGAAGGCCAAAAAAUCCAUGCCCACAUGCUGAAGACUGGGAUAGUUUCCUAUUUACCAAGCUUCUGCAAUGUUUUGAUGGAUUUGUAUGGAAGAUGCGGCUACCUGGAAGACGCCCUGAAACUGUUUGAAGAAAUGCCCGGCAGAGACUUGGUCUCCUGGGCGUCAAUUUUGACAUCCCUAAACCAAGCUAACCUUCCCCACCGCUCCAUCUCCAUCUUCUCCAGUAUGUUCUCUCUUGAUCGGUUACAGCCUGAUCAUUUUGUUUUCGCGAGCCUCAUAAAGGCUUGUGCUCUGAUCAGUGAUGACGGGUUAGGCCGACAAGUGCAUUGCCAGUUCUUAAAAUCAACAUUUUCGCACGAUGAUGUUGCUAAAUCAUCUCUAGUUGAUAUGUAUGCAAAACAUGGAUUGCCUGAAAAGGCUUCCCUUGUGUUUGAUACAAUUGUUUCCAAAAGUACAGCUUGUUGGACUGCUUUGAUAUCUGGUUAUGCUAGGAGUGGUAAGAAAUAUGAGGCGAUUGAAAUGUUCAAAAAGUUAGAGAAGAAAAAUUUAGAGGCUUGGACUGCUUUGAUAUCUGGUUUGGUGCAGACAGGAAAUCAUGCUGAUGCAUUUCAACUUUUUGCUGAAAUGAGAAGGGAAGGAGUUGAAAUUGCUGACCCUUAUGUUUUAUCGUCCAUAUCUGGAGCUGCUGCUAGUUUGGCAGCGUUGGGGCUUGGAGAACAAGUCCACUGCUUGAUUUUAGUUCUUGGUUAUGAUUCUAGCUUGUUUCUAACUAAUGCACUUGUGGACAUGUAUGCUAAAUGCAGUGAUUUGUCUGCUGCCAAGAAGAUCUUUGAUAAUAUGAGGAAGAAGGAUGUGGUUUCUUGGACAUCUAUCAUAGUUGGUAUGGCACAGCAUGGGCGGGGCAGUGAAGCGCUCUCCCUUUAUGAUGAGAUGAUUUCAGCUGGUGUAAAGCCAAAUGAGGUGACCUUUAUAGGACUAGUUUAUGCUUGUAGUCAUGUGGGAUUGGUAGAAAGAGGUCGUGCACUGUUUGAAUUGAUGAUCAAGGACUAUGGUAUGAAACCUUCUCUGCGACACUAUACAUGCUUGCUGGACCUGUAUAGUCGAUCAGGGUAUCUUUUUGAGGCAGAAGAUCUCCUUAAAAGAAUGCCAUUCCAGCCUGAUGAGGCUGUAUGGGCAGCUUUGUUAAGUGCAUGUACACAGCAUAGGAACACCAAAAUGGGAGUUCGCAUCGCCAACCAUAUACUUAGUUUAGGACCAAAAGAUCCUGCAACUUGCAUACUGUUAUCCAAUACUUAUGCUGGUGCUGGUUUUUGGAAAAAUGUGUCGAAGGUAAGAAAGUUGAUGAUACAAAUGGGAACAAAAAGGGAACCGGGCUACAGUUACAUCGAUUUGGGAAAGGAGAGCCUGGUUUUCUAUGCUGGAGAGUCAUUGGAGCAAAUGAAGGAUGAGAUUUUUGAUCUGCUAAAUGAACUGGAUGCCGAAAUGAGGAAAAGGGGCUAUGUACCUGAUACUAGUUUUGUUUUGCUAGAUAUGAACCAACACGAGAAAGAAAGGCAACUCUUUUGGCAUAGUGAAAGAUUGGCUGUGGCUUAUGGACUGCUGAAGUCUAUACCUGGGGCAGUCAUACGCAUUGUGAAGAAUCUCAGAGUUUGUGGAGAUUGUCAUACUGUCCUGAAAUUUAUUAGUAGCAUAACAAACCGGGAAAUUGUUGUCCGGGAUUUGAGCAGAUUCCACCAUUUUAAGAAUGGAAACUGCUCGUGCAGAGAUUUCUGGUGAUGUGAUUUCUUAACCAAGGUUUUUCUUCAAUUUUGUAAGUCUGGUCGCCGUGUAAAGCACA